CACUUUUGUAUAUAUCUUUUCGUACAUAUUCACCCACCAUGAAGUCAUUUCUCAAGGCCGCUGUCAGCACUUUCCUGCUCGUUGGCACCGUAGCCAGCGCUGCUAUUGAGGACCCCGUUGAGCUCUUCAACCGCCAGGCGGCUGGUGUUGUCAUCCGCCAAUGCAACAGACCCGGUGUCCUUGCUCUCGCCUACGAUGACGGCCCUGGACAGUACACCAGCCAGCUCGUCGACAUCCUCAACAACGCUGGUGCCAAGGCCACCCUCUUCCUGACCGGCACGCUCUACGGCUGCAUCUACAACCAACAGGCUGCCAUCAAGAAGGCCUACAACUCUGGCCACCAGAUCGCCAGUCACACCUGGACUCACCCCCAGAACUUCGGAAGUCUCAGCACCGACCAGCUGAAGCAGGAGAUGCAGAAGGUGGAGCAGGCCUUGGUCAACAUCAUUGGCAAGAAGCCCGCCUACAUGCGACCUCCCUACCUCGCCACCGGCGGUAACGUGCUGCCCACCAUGCAGCAGCUCGGAUACAAAGUCAUCACCGACGAUGUCGACUCGGGUGACUGGAAUGGUCAAUCGGCACAGCAGAGCCUGCAGAAGUUCCAGCAGGCUGGUGCUGGUGGAAACGGUCACAUUCCCCUCAUGCACGAGACCUACGCCAGCACGGUGCAGACUCUCACUCCUGCAUUGAUCAACUGGGCCAAGCAGAACAACCUCAAGCUCGUCACUGUUGCUGACUGCCUUGGUAACGCUGGUGGUGCUUACCAGUCUGGAACCUUCAACGGCAACGGACAGAACUUCUGUUAAGUUACCCAUUAGCAUGACUACAGAGCCAAUAGGGACAAGUCAUAACGUCCAAAUUCACGAUACUGUCCCAAGUUGAGAGGUGGUUGUUUGAACAGGGGGUUUUAAGGUCUAGUGAUUCAGAUAGCUGAGCUACAUCACAAUGCCAAGUACAUAUUUCUUUCUGCAAA